ACAUUGUCCUCAAAUCAGCGCCCGGGAUUAAAAACGUAAUUUCUUUCAACAAUUGGCAAAUACAGAUUGUCUUUCACUGAUCUUCAAGACGAACAACUUCGCAAACAAGUUAAAAAUGUCAAGCGCAAAAGGAGAUAAACACGUUAAAUUUGGAUUAGGUGAGCGUUUGGUUUUUCUUAAGGAUGAUUCUAACAGGGAAAGAACGCCAAACUUAAUAGGAAGGGAAAGCAAGAAUGGAAGAUAUGGGAAUAGUACGCUCGAGAACAAAUCGACUUCUUUUUCUCCCUCCUCUUCUUCUUCGAAUUCACCUCGGCAUAUUCGUGCGCUCACAGCAGCUGGCAGACGAGCGGAUUCCAAAGGCAACUUUCGCAGUCGCACCUCUCUUGGAAAAUUUUCAGAAAGAGACUCUCAGAUGGACAAUGUUGCAGAUGUUAGCAUUCCACAGGUUUCAAAGGAGAGAAAACACAUCAAAAGUGCCCUUCGCUCUUCUAAAGAAACGAGAGAAACCAGCAUUACUGACCAAAGAGUCCAAUUUGCAGACGAUAGAAUUAAAGGUAAUCGAUCUCCUCGCUCAACGAUCUUGCCAAAGAUUAAAGUCGCAUUUUCUGAUGGAUCAGAUAGCACAGAAAAUGCUUUUCAAAAGGACCUCACUGAUAUUAAUUCGAAUUUAACCGAUGCAAGCGACCAAAAUCACAAUUCCGGUGUGAUAAAGUCCAACUCUGGUGACGAAGAUAAAAUGCCUGCUGGGCAAUCUUUUGACACCACGGCAGCUAAUGAAACUGCCAUUAAAAACCCUCUAGUCACUAAAAUUACACAGGACGGAUUGAUGGCGUUUCCACUAUCGGGUGACUCCGAGAGUGAUAAAUCGUCCGAACUAGGGCAAGAUCGGAUAAAUUCGGAAAACAUCGGUUAUAGUCGUGAGGAUUCGAUCACACUUACACAGGGAAGCGAACACUAUGCAAAAAGGGACCAGGAACUGAAAGAAAAUAAUUCGCCAAAGGUCUCCUUUACGGACCAACCUUUAGGAGGCAACACGCAAGUUUCCACAGAAACAGGGAAAGGCAGUGAUAAACACGUCGAAGAGCCCAACAAAGGCACAGGGGCAGACGAUAAUUCUGAGAUUGACGAGGAAACUAAGGCGAAACUGCAGAUGAUAUUUUGGUUGAAGCAGAAACGGGCAAGAGAGAAAAAAGAAAAACUGGAAAAACAGAAGAGUGAUAGAUUUAAAAAGUCCAAGGCUAGAAAACAGUUCCAUGACGCAAUAUGGAAGGUUCGCUGGAUCAUCCGCUUCAAGAUCCUGAUGAAAAACCUCAGUGCCAGAAAAACCACGCAGUCAGCCACAGAGGCGCAUUGGCACGCGACAAAUAUGGUCAAAGAAGACUUGGACAAGCCGCUGAUCUUUAACAAGUUGUUCUUUGCUAAGGACAGGGCGUACGACCGUGUGCCACACUGGGCUCAGGAAGUUCUCAGGAAAGAACCAGAUCAGAGAACAGACGUUGAGUGUAGGAGAAUACACGUGCUACUUCGCGGGUUGAAGGGAAUGAAUCGCUUCACAGAGAGAAUACAGCUAUAUAUGUGUAAAACUGCUUGGUAUCAGAGUAUCGACCCUCAGCGCGUGGUGUUACGUAACGGUCACGUGGGACAGCAGUUUUACAUCAUCUACUCAGGCUCCGUGUUCGUCAACCUCGACGAGACCACAAUUACUGGAGAGAAAAUAGUCCGUACCGAGGCUAUUCUGGGGAGAGGGGAGUCGUUCGGGGAACAAUCUCUACUCCGUAACGUCCUGCGUACGGCGACAAUAUCGUGUCGUGAGUGGUGUGAGUUUCUGGUGGUAGAGAAGGACGUCUUUGCCGAGGUCUGCCCCAAGAUAUUUGACGAGGAGCUGGCCGAGAAAGUGGAAUUCGCUAAACGACAAGCGAUGUUCAAGACAAAAUGGUGGCGAGAAGACGACAUAAAGAAUCUCUGUUUUGAGGCUCAAAUCCAAGAGUACAAGACGAACAAGGUGAUUGUGACUAAUAAUCUCGAGGACGAGUGGAUCUACAUCUGCAUGGAGGGUAAAUGCCGCGUUAUAAAAUGUUUAAUGCUGGACGAGGAUAUACGGCGGCGAGACAGCGAGCAUGUGGACGUGAAAGAACUGCCCCUUCUUGAGUGGGAAGAGGACAUUCCUGCACAUAGAAGGAAGGCCUCGAAUCAGGAUCAAGCAGAAACAAAAGAACAGAGAUUAGAAAGAGACAAGUCUCGCCUUCUCAACUCCAUGGGACUGAAAUUUAUGAACGAGGAAAAGGACACGGGACCGAAGAUAAUCGCCCAGGACAACAACGCUAUUUUGAAGAAAACCCUGGAGGGAGGGGUCGUCUCCCUGGACACGCUGAUUUUACAGAAGAAACGAGAGACGAAGGGAAGAGAGUUUAUCUACCUGGAGAUUGCCAAUUUGAACCCAGAGGAAGUAUUCGACCUGUUUACAAUCCUCCGUCCUCCCGACCCCAGAGCUAAGAAGCAGUCUUCCCUUCUCCUCGUCAGCUCCGGGGCCAAAAUGUUAAGAAUCCGCCGAGCAGCUUUCUUCAAGUUGGCCGCAGAAGAGGCAGUGGAUUAUGCGCUCUCUCUUGCGGCGAUUGACAAGUACCCUUCAGAUAUAGAGUUGCUGGAGUCAUACACUGACAAGGCUACUUGGGACGGGUACAAACAACAGGUUGUAGACGACGUGGUGAGUCCGUUACGUCAACAGGCACGGCGCAGCUACGUAAACAAAUACAUGGAGGUCAUGAACGACGCCAAGCGGAAACAGAAUGUUCGACUACUCUCAACCCUCAGGAGGAAGGAAAGGAAGAGUCGUGGCGGGAAUGCGACAACCACGAGUCUGGAGGAAUAUCAGAGGAGGCGCAGUUCGGUGUAUUCUAAAGACAGUCGAAUACAAAUUGAAGAGGUUGAUGAGCAACCAGAUAUUGUCGAAGAGAGCAGCCCAUCUUGAUCCCUGGGGUUGUCAUAAGGAAAAUUAUUUCAGUUUUAUUUUUCAUGGACACCCACCCAGUGACUUAAAGUGUGGCACCUAUGUACAGAGGUCAUACAUCUACGUACUCAUAACAUUCUACUUUUGUGGAUUAAAAGUGAUUUUUUUCCAUUAGUGACAUUACUUUUCAUUAAUACAUCUCAAAAGGAGCCCAGCGUUAGGGGGUUAUAUAUUUUGCUCCACCCUAACCCUAGAAUGAUAGUAAAAUUGGAGAACUACGCAAUCCCCCAAAUGUCCGUAUGGGCCAUAUUGCUACGCACAUGUACUGGACCUCGAGAGACAAAGCCCUCUCAGAGGCAAAAAAAAACUGUGAUAAAUCGGCAGCAGGAAAUAUUUUAUCUCAACAAAUGUGCAAAGACAAUCAUACCUUAGAUUUACAGCUGCAGCAUAGCGCAAUGUUAAUUGUUCUUCUUUGAAUAAAA